UACAGAGGCGUGCUGGGAUGUCGCAAACAGCGGAAACAACUAUUUUACUCUUUCUCCUCCCAUCUUUGGUGCUAUUUUCUGUUGUUUUGCUUGGAUUACUUUUGAAAUUCUAAUUUUACGGCGGCUUCAGCGCUUUACGCUCCGAGUCGUGUAUCCUUGGCAACGCGAACAACUGUCCUGCGAAGUUUGGAUCAAGUGUUUCGCCCUCGGCUGGAUAAAAAAACUGGAUAUUUACCUACUGAAUUAACGGAACUGACUUCUGGGUGCACGUGAGCGUUCAUGGAAGUAUUUCGAUAAGUUUUUAUUAGUUUAAACGUGUUUUAAGCCUGAAUUCAGUGUUUAGGGAAACGGGACAGCGCGAGACAAUAGUGGUGUGGGAGAGAGCUCGUGCAGGGGGGGAUCGAUGCCUCGCGGGGGCUUUGUUCUGCCCUGUGUGGAGACCCAGCGCGAGCCUGCUGUGGAUAUCGAUUGACCGGUGGAUCGAUGAUUUGUUGGUGAUCGGUAAGCGUUGUCUAUCGGAACAAGCAUGGACGUGACUCUGUCCGAGUUGUUGGCCACUUUCAUGGAGUCUCCGCUGGUGGUGUGGGUGCGGACGUUGGGUCCCCUGGGCUCGUGUGACAACGUGGGCUCAGACGAGAGGGUCAACAUGUUCAUGGAGCUGGUGGACGGUGUCUUCCUGCACAAGAUCAUGACACACAUUGACUCCAACCCAACCAAUCAGAGGCUGAACAAGAAUGUGAACAAUGACGUGUCACUGCGCCUUCACAACCUCACCGUUCUCACCAGACACAUCAGGACGUACUACCAGGAGACGUUACAACAGCUGAUAGUCAUGCCUCUACCCAACCUCCUGUGCAUCGCCAAGGACCCGUUAUCAGCUAAGAGCAUGGAGGAGCUGAAGAGACUUCUGUUGCUGUUACUCGGCUGUGCUGUCCAGUGUGAGCGUAAAGAGGAGAUGAUCGAGAAGAUCAAGCUGCUAGACAUCGAGACACAAGCUGCCAUUGUCUCUCACAUCCAGGAGGUGACUCACAAUCAGCUGAAUGUUCUCGACCUGUCCUGGCUGGAGGAAGGAUCAGAGCUUACAUUUGAGGAGCUCACACCUGUGUCCAAAAACAUGGCUGCGUCACUACGGCAACUAAUUGAUCAGAGAGACAAAGCCAGUGAGGUGAUUGUGGAUUUGACCCAGGAGAGGGACUACCUGUUCAGCCAGCAGCCCCAGGAAGGCUGCAGAAACCUGGGCAUGAACAGUCCAGGGCGUGGGCAGAGCUCUGGAGGUGUAGGAGUGAUGAACGGCGGUUCAUCUGUGAUCAUGUCUGAGCUGACCAAAGAGGAGAAGCAGCAUCUGUCUGUGGAGCUUGCUGACACCAAGGCUAAGCUCCGCAGAUACAGACAAGAACUAGAGGAGAAAACAGAACAGCUGAUGGAUUCAAAACAUGAAGUGGAACGUUUGGAUCAGGAGCUGCAGAGACUAAAGCAAGAGAAUCAGUCUUUGUCGUGUGAGGCUCGUUCAGUCAGAGUUUACCGAGACGAGGUGGACGCUCUGAGGGAGAAAGCGUCCCGAGUCGACCGACUGGAGAAUGAACUGACCCGAUGUAAAGAGAAACUCAACGAUGUUCACUUCUAUAAGACCAGAGUGGAGGAGCUCCGUGAGGACAACGUGACUCUGAUGGAGACGAAGGUGCUGCUGGAGGAGCAGCUGUCCGCUUCUAGGGGCCGCUGUGAUAAACUGCACACGCUGGAGAAAGACAACCUGUUACUAAGAGCCAAAAUACACGACCUGGAAAUGGAGAGAGACAAUGAACGCCGAAGGUUGGAGGAGCUGGUGGAGGAGAACAUGCUGCUGGAGAUCGGUCAGAAACAGAGCAUGAAUGAAUCUGCUCACCUUGGCUGGGAGCUGGAGCAGCUGUCUAAGAACCACGACAACACUAACACGGAGACUCGUAAGUCAUUGGUCCACGAGCUGAACGAGUGUGUUUCCAGUCGGGUGUUGAAGCUGGAGAAGGAGAACCGGGAGCUUCAGGCGUCGAUAGAGAGGCUUAAAGAGGACAACCACCAACUACAGGAAAAGCAGCUUCACACCCAGGAGCUAGACAGAGAGAACCAGAGCCUCAGCAAGAAGUUGGAGCGUCUCCAGGGUUUAUUGGACCAGGAGAGGCUGACCAAUCAGGACAUGGAGUCCCUGGGAGAGGAAAUCUUAAAGGAAAAGCAGAUGCUUGAAAGAGACCUGCACACACUGAAGGCAGAGAAGGACAGACAGAUCUCAGAGUUGGAGAGUGAGAAGCAGCAUCUCUCCGACGCCGUGGCUUCACUUCAGGAGCGUGCUCAGUCCAACAAUGAAGCCAGGGUCAGAGAGGUGGAGACUGAGAACCGCCUCCUGCACCAAAACAUCACUGAUACCAGCUCUCGAUUGGCCAGCUUAGAGACCCAGCUCAAACUGGCCAAUGAGGAGUCAAAGAGGCUACAGGAGAGAGCAGAGAGAUGCGAAGAAGUGGAGAGAGAGGCAGCCAGGCUGGAGAGGAGCAGGGACGCUCUAAACAGAGAGGUAGACUCCCUACGUACAUGCAGCGAGCGGUCAGAGGCCCUAGAGAAGCAGGUCUCCUCCCUGGAGCAGGAGGUUCACAGGCUAAAGAGGGAGGCAGAAGAGAGCCAGAGGGAGCUGCAGCGGCUAGAGAGACAUGAAGCAGAGAGCGGCCUUCUGUCGAAAGAGAACCUGGACCUCCGAUGCUCCCUAGAAAACUUGCGCUCCUCAUCUGCCCGCCUGGCUACGUUACAGGAGGAGCAUAAAGAGUCACAAAAAGAGAAUCAGGAUCUGCAGAGAAGGCUAGAGGAAGUCAAAGAGGAGGCUCACGGAGAGAAGAAGAGGGCAGAGAGGCUGGAGCUGAACAUGGCAGCUCUGAAUCAGGAAAAGCAUCGCUUAGAGGAGGAAAUGCAGAGGAGCAAAGAGGAGAGGGAGGAGGCAGAGAGAGAGAGGAGGGAGACGCAGGCCAGAGAAGAGGAAGUCAGACGGGAAGUGGAGGAACUGAAGGAAGAGCGGAGAAGGAGAGAGGAAGGUGACAAUGAGAGGAGAAAGAUCCAGCUGGACCUGGAGCAGUCAGAGAAGGGCAGGAAGCACCUUGAAAAGGAAACAUGGAGGAUAAGGACGCUGCUGGAGGGUAAAGAGACGGAGCUGGAGGAGAAGAGCAGGCGGCUGGCUACAGUGGAGAAGGAGGGCAGAGCUAUGAGUAAGGAGGUGGAGCGGCUAAAGGAGGCGGCUGUGAAGGCAAAGGAACUGGAGAGGGAGAACAAGGAGCUACAGAAACAGGCGACUAUUGACAAGAGGACUCUGGCUACUCUGAGAGAGGAAUUGGUGUCAGAGAAGCUGAGUGUUCAGCAGCAGAGCGUGGAGUUAGAGAGACUCAAUGAAGAGCUGGAGAAGAUCGGCCUGAACAGAGAAAAACUGCUACAGCAGGAGCACACUCUGGAGGACAGCAGGUACAGGCUACUGGAGUCUCGUCUGGAGGAAACGGUCCAACAGACGAUGAAGAUUAAAGAGGAGAAAAUCUCCUAUCUGGAAAAGAAAGUAGAGGAGAGCAACACACUCAAUGCAACACUACGAUCUGAACUAGCCACUACUCGUCAGACAGUGUCCGCUCUGCGUCAGCGACAAGAAGAAGAAGAAAAUCACAACUUCCAGCAGCAUUCAGGAGGUGACCGGGAUCCAGGAUCAGCAACUGCUGAGCUGCUGCGGAUAAAAGAUCAUCUCAUUGAAGUGGAAAAGAAUAAUGCCUCUCUGCAGACAGAGAGCAGUCUGUUAAAGGAGCAGCUCAAACAGCUGGAAAACCAGAACACAUCUCAAAACAACCAGAUGGGGGCGCUGCAGCGACACAUCACCACCCUGCAGGAGCAGAAUUCAUCCUUACACACACAGACUGCAAAAGUUCAGGUGGAGAACUCCACGCUCUCCUCCCAGAGUGCAUCACUCAUGGCCCAGAAUGCUGUGCUUCAGGGCCAGGUCAGCGCCCUGGAGACGGAGGUAGAGUCUUGGCAGCGUCAACGUGAGGAAGCAUGGCGAGCCAGAGAGAGUGUGCUGAGUGACCAUGAACGGCUGCUGAGCGUUCACGAGAGGCAGGCGCACGAGUACGAGCAGCUCAUCAGUCAGCACACGGCACUGAAGGGCAAACAGAGGGCGCUAGAGAGUGACCACAGGACACUGCACAGCAAGUAUUGUAUUUUACUGCAGCAAAAGGACAAAUGGGAGGAGCAAGAGGGACGUGGACAGAAAGAAAAGGAGGAACUGAACGAGGAGGUCCAGAAGAAUCGACUUCUACAACAAGAGAAUCUGCAGCUAAAAUCAGAAGUGGACAGACUGACAGGGAGCCAGUCACAGAAAUCGGAGCAGUAUGAGAGCCUCCAGCAGCGUGUGAACGAACUGAAGAGCUCUUUAAGCACCUCCCAGCUGGAAGUGAGUCGAUGGAUGGCACGAUACGAUUCAUUGAUGGAGCAACACCAAGGCCUGGAUCUGACCAUGACCAAACUUGACAACCACUGUGAGCUGUUGAGCCGGUUGAAAGGAAACUUGGAGGAGGAGAACCACCACCUGCUGAGUCAGAUCAAUCUGCUGAGUCAGCAAAACCACACUCUGCUGGAGAGAAGCAUGGAGAGCAAAGAGCUGUACCACCAGGAGCAGAAACUAUACAUAGAUAAACUGAACGCUCUUCGACGUCAGAAAGAGAAGCUGGAGGAGAAAAUAAUGGAUCAGUACAAAUUCUACGAUCCCACACCUAAAAAGAGGAGCCAGUGGUCCGGAGCCAAAGCUUUAGCCAAACUCAUCAAACCUCGUAAGGAGAGCAGCAGGGAGCGAGGAGGAGACCGAGACAAAGAAGGAGUCAAAGACAAAGAUCGAGCAAAGACCGCCCCAGACAUCCCUCUACCUGCCCCGCCUCCCCUCCUCCCCCCUGAAACUCCUCCCCCAGUCCCCCAGAGGAAGGCCAGCGACUCACAGGAUGGCGGUCAUGCCCACAGUAACCAUAACAACCACAUCACCAGCCCUAGCCUGGGACCCCAGAGUCCAGCUCUGACGCCGAUCAACAGAGGUUUGACUGACAGGAGCCGAGGUGUUUAUCGGAGCAGCACACCAGGAGGGAGCAAUGAGAGCAUCAACGGAGACGAUUCACAUGGACUAGGUCGUAAAGCUCUCAGCUCCACUCCAAGCCACCAACCCUCCUCAAUGGGUCCAAACAGCAAUUCCAGACUGGGACCAGUUCAAACCCACAGAUCUCGAGGUCUGCUGUUUGAUGAAGACUCUCACCACAGCAACCCUGGAGGUCGCCCAGGAUCAGCUGACUUCAGCCACAAUACGUCAAGCUCCAACUCUCCAGUCAACUGCAGAGACACAACCGAUCGCCAGCCUCGCUCAGCCAGCCUCUCUAGUGAUGAUGCCAUGGGUCUCAGCCAAUCACAGCAGACUCUGUCACGUAGCUCCACCCUUCCUUAUGACCACACACCGCAGAGGGCUCAACCGCAGCGGGGAGGAGGGGCCAGGACAAAGCCCCGCCCAUCUUCACCUGGAAGUGAGAUGGUGACCCUGGAACAGUUUCUACAGGAGAGUAACCUGCAGUCACCUCCGAUGGUGUCAACAGGAAGUCGGGAGGACUUGAUGACUGACUAUUUCACCAGAAGUCCUGCCCCCUCUGGGCCAGCCAGUAGGGAUCAGGUGACUCCGACCAACUAUGUCACACCCACCGUACAGUCAUCCAACCAGAGACCUGGCCAGAGCGUCAAACCCUCCCCUCGCCAGCCUGUGGGCCAAUCCCCCGCCUCCAGCCAGUCUGUCACUCAAAGAACCGGUCAGUCACUGAGCAGAGCUUACAGCCUAGCUACAGCUGAUUUACUGCGUUCAAAUGGACCCGACAGUUUCCGUGGAAACGAUGCUCAAACAGAUGGGGUUGUUCGCAGACAAGGAGGAGGGGCUAAUGGGAGGGAAAGACCUCUCUCUGCCCGUCUGGCUGGUCCGACCCAUCAGCACGGAGAUAGCAGCUUCCUGAACCCACCCAUUCACCACUCGUCAUCACUGAACCUUCAAACGGAGAGAUACGCAGAGAGGGAGCGAGGGAGGGCUCGAGUCCCAGGAAACGGCCCGCACCAUCACAGAGGAGAAGUCGCAAUGGUGAGCCCUGUCAGAGCGGUGCCUGCCACGAGACAGGAUGACGAGCACAAUGAAGUGUCCAGGGACGGGCGAGCAGGUGACUCGUCCCAGCUGAAAAAGGAGAGUGAGAGAGUGAGAUGCGGGUCUGUGGAGCGCCCAAAAAGCACACCGGCUUCUCCUGACCCGAACAAUGACCCACAGACUGUGUGGUAUGAGUACGGCUGUGUUUAAACACUGGAACUCUGGGUGUGGAUGUGUCUAAAAACUAGAUUCAGACUGGAGAUUUACGGCACUGUGCUCUUGUUUUAUGAACAAAUACUCCAGAAAUCUGUGGCUAAGCUUUGAUCAGAUACAUCAACUGGAAAUCGGUCUAAUUCCUGGAAGACAAGGCCACAUUUAAUAACAUCUCUGAGAUCUGUUUGUGUUUGUUGGAAGAAACUUCUAUACAUUAACAAGCAGACUUUAUUCCAUAAACCACCUGCCUUUAAAGCGGAUUAAUAACAAUCUCUAGCUACUUUAGCCUACAUUUUUCUAAAGCUAAAGAGCAGAAAGGGAUUUUACCUACAAACAAACAAUACUUCCUCUGAAUCCAAGGAACUUGUUUCAUGUCACCGGUAUUUCCCAAAACACCCAUCUCUUGGAGGGUGAUGCAAUAUGGAUGUGAGCUCAAUCACUGAUGGUGUUUGUAAGGAUUCAAACUUGAGCACCGUAACACUAUGGAUGGUCUCUGAGGACGCUGGAAAUCAUUGGCCUCUGCUAAUUUAUUUUCAACACUGUGAUCCAGCUAGUAGCCUUAGCCCAAAGGAGGGUUGGAUAUGGUGUUGCAGCCACUGGAGAUGUUUAUUUCUUGUGAAGAUUGCAGAAAUGAGAUAGAAGUUAAAAUGUUAAAUAUCCUCUGGGAAUCCAAAACAUCCUAAAUAAAGGCCGAGUCUAUGAGCUGGAACUCUUUGGCUGCUGACCGACAUGAUGUUUAUCCCUUGCUAAUGUUUCCCCAAAUGGCACCAAUUUUGCAGAACUGUAUGCCAAGAAUUAGCCAUCACCGAGAGAGGUGGUUGAACUGAAAGCGAAGGCGACCACAAGCGACUGAAUGUAUCAGAUUUCUCCCCUGACAUUAAAAACAAACACUGGAAAAGACAAAAGAGGAGGAAAUGAAAUGAAGCAAAGUGAUAGAGGAAGAGAAGAAAAGGGUGCAUGGAUGUAGCAAGAGACAGAUAUAGUGACGGGACGACGAUGAGAUAAACAUUACUCCUCCCGGUUAAAUUACAGUCUUUCUCCCUCCAUCUUUAGAUCCUCUCCCAGCAUGCAACACUCUGACACUUUACUGGAAACGUUGUGUAUCCCAAGCCAACACUAGUUUCACAAACACUCAUAUAUUUGAUGUUAUAUACGGACACAGAGGCUUUGUCCUUGAGGAGGCUGGUUGUGGCUUUCAUUCACACACACAUGAAAACACACAUCUUUGGGUGAACCACUUGGUUUUGGAGGAGUGUUUUGUGCACGCGAAGUUGGACGGUCAAAACAUUGUAGAGAAAGAGAGAUUUAGGCUGAAUUCAGAGUCACUGUGAUCUGCACCAGCUAUGCUUAAGUUCAUCCACAGCCUUGUUGAUCACUGGAGGUGUUUAAACCAGCUGAGAUAGUUCCAGUGUAGGCAGAAGGUGCUUUGACUGGAGUGAAAAUUAUGUUCCAGGGACAAAUUUUGUUAGUUUGGACAAGAAUUUGGCAGUGUUCAUUUUUUAAUAUCAUUGAUCCUUCCUCAGAUUUUACAGAGGUAUGGUAUUGUUCAAAAACCACAUUGUAAAAGCACUUGCAGGUGUGCAUGCGCAAGCUUGCCUCUACAGGCGUUUCAUUCAUUCCUUUAACGAAUGCUUUCAGUCAAAAUAAACCCAAUGUGUUUUACAGAUGCACUGGAUUUAUAGUUGAAUCAUUGUUUUAACACUUAACAAGUAAACGGCAUCACAUCAGGACAAGAUUCUCUUUAUUUUUCUUUUCUAUCUAUGGAACAUAUGUGAUCUCCCCCAGCCCGGUGUCCCAAAGGUAAAAUGAGAAAUAAGAAGGCAAAAUCUAACAGGUUUAAGAAAUGUAACAUAACAUUUUGUACAACACCCAGACACGACAUCCAGACACUUAAUGUGAAGCUCGUAAAAAGUUUCAGACCACUUAAGCACCUAAACGGUCAGUGUAUUUUCUGGUAGAUCCAUUUCCUGGUUGAAACCAGACCCAAAAACGGUAGAAAUUGUUGUUCCAUUUUUUUAGUUUUUGUUUUAGUUUUUGACCAAAUAUGUAAAAAUAUGUUUGUUUGUCUGACUGAGGGAAAACAAACUGCAACUGAUAUUUACUGUUCAAUUGAUAUACUUUCAUUUUACCUGCACUUAUGAAUGAAGCACAUAGUCAUAUAAUUGCAUUUUAAUCCAACUCUUACAUAAGUUGGUUCAAAUUUAAGAAUUGCUACUAGACUUAAAUUCACUGAAACUUUUUUAAAAAUGCUGAAGGGAAGAUGGAGAAAGCAAAAAGAAUGACUUGUGCAUCAAUAAUACCGAUAGCCGUAUUUGAAAUGCAGAACUAUUAGGCUCAAAGCUGUCAAACACGCGCCUUUAAAAAGCGCCACUUCUGUUUUCCUGCAUCCAAAGAAAAAGUGCUAGGUGUCAGACUAUUUACAAGUGCAGAUGCAUUGUGGAAACCCAGCAUGCAAUGCAAUGCUGCACGAUGCAAUAAUGACUGACACUCCUGUGCUGAUAGGACACAAUGAUAAAAAUGGACUUAUGCAUAGCUGGUGGAUUUUCUCCUCUUGUAAAGUUUAUGACUGAAAAGCAGUCACCAAUUGUUCAUUAGGUAUCUUUUCUUAUGCAAAGAACCAAAUCAUCCAAGUGGCCCUGGGUAAUAUCAGACUUUGGUGCUGACAAAGAUAUGUGGUAAAAUGAGUCAUAUUUCCAACAAACUCAGAAGAACUUUAAUUUGAUUCCUUUUGCACUACAGGUCAAAUAACAAAAAGCUUCUUUUGUCAGUCUGUAUUUCAUAAACAUGGGCGUCGUCUCAAUGAUGUCACCCUCGGUUUCUGAAGAGGCGUUUUAAAGCCAAACAAUGAUGGUUACCAUCUUGGAAAAGUUGUUUAAAACCACCUUCUGACUAACAAUGCAGGCAAAGAGGUUGGCUUAUAGCAGCUUUAGGCCUCCUGGCCAACAGCGAGAUGAGAAACAGAUGAAUUAUUAAAAAUCCUUUUACAUGCUGCAUAAAGAAAUGAGCAGAGGGAAAAAAGCUUUAAUUGAACCAGGAUGUAAACAUGUUUAUUUUUGCUGUAAAAUGGGCUUCUAAUAUGGGACCUAAUGGGAAUUUCUUGGCUUUUGCACUGCCACAUCAGCUUCAUGUGUGACUGUACCUCUGGAAAUUAGGGUAGAAUUAUAUCACCAGUAUAGAAAGGAAGUUUAGGGGUGUUUUAAGUGGGGUUAUGAGAGGUACCUAUCAUUAAAAAGUGUGCUAUGUUCAGCAGAUAGUCUUCAGAGUUUCUGUUGUAACCAGACGGUAUUCUGACAGAGAAAGUAAGUAGCAUAAAAGUACAAAAUCUGCAGUUUUAACAGUAUCUCUUUCAAAAUAACUUGAUAUUUCCCCCCCAAAAAAUGUUCCCCCUUAUUUAAAAUAAAAGUAUAAGUCAGGGGUGUCCAAACUUUUUCCAACGAGGGCAUACGAAAAUAUAUAAGGAUGGUGGAGCCACUUUCAUAUGCCUCACCUUGAGGAUACUAAAAUUAGUAAAAACCAAUCUUAUGAUGGUAAAAAUAUGCUUAGUGAUUGGGUAUGCUUAAAAAGAUAGUUACUGGCUGACAAGGCAAAUAGCCAACCAUUUUAAGGAUUUUAGGGAGGCCAAUCAGAUUUCAGGGGGCCCUGGUUGGCCCUGGCUACUACUGGCUGUGCCUCUGAAACACCAUUGGUACUGCAAUUAGCCUUUCCUUAUCCAUUAGGGCAUUACAAGUUAAAAUACUGUUAUUAUUUUGCUUGCCAGUAUGUUUUCCAUUUACAGUGCUGUCUUCAUUUAGUCACAAAAAACCCAGAUCAGUAAAUUCUUCUUGUCAAAAUGUUUGUUUACAGAAUUAGCAUGGAAGCACUGCCUUGUGCUGAAACCAAAAAGUACAGUACAACCAAGCACAGGCUUCAUGUUCAAAUGCAAUAUUUGACUUAACAUUUACAGUUUGCUGCAGGCCAACCAAAAAUGGAUCGAGGGCCGCAUUUGGUCCCCAGGCUAUAGUUUGGACACUCCUGGUAUAAGUUCAAAUGCAGUGGCACUGUUCUUGUUAUCAAUUAUAAAAGAUGAAGCAGAGGGGCUCUACCACGAAAAUAAAACAUCAUUAUAAAAAUUAAUGAAACAAGUUAAAUCAUGCUUGUUUCACUGACUCAUAGCUGUUACUUAUUUCAGUAAAGGCGGGGCUUAUUUUGACACUUAAAUGUUUAAAUUGGAAGUUUACCUGGACUUGCCAGGUGAAUGUGACUUAAGCAGUUGUAACUAGUAGUUGCAUUACAUAUUUUAAUAGAAUUUGCACGUUUAAAUAUGUUUUUUGUUUGCAGUAUGCAGCAGCUUCGUCUGCAGCAGUACCCCAAACAGCAGCAGUUUGAGCAGCAGUGACUGUAAUAGUGCACUCAAAAUCGAUGAGUACCUCAUACGACCCCACUUUAAAAAACUGAACUAUCCCUUUAAAUUAAUCUGCGGUUCAUCCAAAGGUUUUUGACCCUCUAGGGAAAUUUCUGCAGUGGAAACUUGGCUUAAGCACUCAGACUGUUGUCAGUCAUGCACUUCAUAAGUGCUACUAUUAUAAUCAAUAAAUAUUAUAACUACACAGUCAGAUGUACACCAAGUGAUGGAUUAUUCCAGAGGCCCAAGGAUGAUUUAGGUGUUGAUGUUUGGAGAGAUUACCAACACUUGGUGUCCUGUUUAAAGCCGUCUCAUUGGAGAGAGGAGGAGAAAGAGGAGCAGAUGUAUUGUAUGUAUCGACUGGAACUCAAAAGAUGAUGAUGAUGAGGAGGCAGAAGAAACACUGGAGUUGAGAAAAUGAAGAUUGAUUGGAGUGUAAUUCAUCACCAACCUUUCAAACAACGAGCACAUGUCAAUAUGCAAAGAGCUAAAUUAUUCUGUAACAUUUGUACAUGAGGUUAGAUUUUAUAAACUGGUCAUAAUAUCAGAAAACUUUUGAUGCUUUUUAUAAAAAUGGUCUGAAAAUGUUCCUGUUGAUACCAAAAAAGAAAUCUAGAUAAUUUUGUUUAAACUGUUAAAAAAAAAAAAAACUCUGUGAUUCCACUGUAAAAAGUAGAUUUUUUUUUUUUUUAACACUUGGUAGCAUUAUCAUGUUAGAUGAAAUGAGAUGAUGCAUAACACUGUUAGACAAAGCUGUCUGCACUGCUUCACUUAAAAGCCCCAUUUAUGCUUCUGCAUUGAAGCUAUGCUGUAGGGUUGUGUUACCCUGAACCCUAAUCCAGUACUGUGCAGCUAUAAUUUCUAAUGCUUUACUAUAGAUGUCUUCAGCAUGGAUGUCCAGCGCAUUCUGUGGCUGUGAGAGGGGCAGGGCACAGCUGUAGGCUAACUCUUCUGUUAUUGCAGAGAUCACCAGAUUGUUGUUUGCAAGAACACCAAAAUCAUCAGUGGAACUCCAGUUUCCUUCAUUCUCAGUGGACUAACAGGCUCUUUCCUUAAAACUUGAUUUCCUCCUUUUCCUGUAGACUGAAGCAUCAUAAUGCCCCCGACACAGAUGAGUCUAAGAAACUGCAGAUGGGCAGCACAGCGUCAUUGGUGAGAAGUGAAAGCAGAAGUAGUGUGAUGUCUUAGAUGUUUCCUGCUGUAACUGGAACAACUGCUGCUGAGUUUCACUGACAGCUCUGCGUGGUGUGACUACUGUUAAAGACUUCCUGUUUAAAGGCUUGUAGUGUGAUUCAG